CAGCGACCCCCGAAAUUGCUGGCUGCGGGGCCGUCGGGGCGCGGGUGGCCGCGGGCACCUCCUCCUCGUUCCUCCCUUGAGCUUCUCCCCCCGCUUCUUUCCCGCCAUGAAUAGAGUGCAGCUGAAGCGCUCGGCGAUCCUCAAGAUGGCACUCAGCGGAUCCUCAGACCCGCUGCUCCAGCAGCAGCACCCGGAGGGGGAGGAUGGCGGCGGCGGCGGCAAGCAGCCUCCGUUCGUAAUCCGGGCUCUGCGCAUUGCCACGGUGGUCUCCCUCUACUGGUUCAUCUCCAUCACCAUGGUGUUCCUCAACAAGUACCUGUUGGGCAGCCCUUCGCUGCGUUUCGAAGCGCCGCUCUUCGUCACCUUCUACCAGUGCCUUGUCACCGUCCUCAUCUGCAAGGUCCUGAGCCUCGUGGCCUCCUGCUGCCCGGCCGGCGUCGUGGACUUCCCCUCCAUCCGCAUGGACCUCAAGGUGUCCCGCAGCGUCCUGCCGCUCUCCGUGGUCUUCAUAGGCAUGAUCACCUUCAACAACCUGUGCCUCAAGUUCGUCGACGUCGCCUUCUACAACGUGGGGCGCUCCCUCACCACCGUCUUCAACGUGCUUCUCUCCUACCUGCUCUUGAAGCAGACCACUUCUCUGUAUGCCCUUCUGGCCUGCGCGGCCAUCAUAGGCGGCUUCUGGCUCGGUAUAGACCAGGAGGGAGCUGAAGGCACAUUGUCCUGGGCUGGGAUAGUUUUCGGAAUCCUGGCCAGCCUCUGCGUCUCGCUCAAUGCGAUCUACACUAAAAAAGUACUGCCUGCUGUGGAUAGCAGCAUCUGGCGCCUGACGUUCUACAACAACAUCAAUGCCUGUAUCUUGUUCCUGCCGCUCAUGUUGUUCUCUGGUGAGUUCCAUACACUCUACUACUUUGAUAAAUUGGGGAGCCUCAACUUCUGGGGCAUGAUGACUCUGAGCGGGGUGUUUGGCUUCGCUAUCGGCUAUGUGACAGGACUUCAGAUCAAAUUUACCAGCCCGCUCACUCACAACGUCUCCGGGACUGCGAAAGCAUGUGCUCAGACCGUGCUAGCCGUCGGCUAUUACGAAGACACCAAGAGCUUCCUAUGGUGGACUAGUAACAUGAUGGUUCUCGGUGGCUCCUUUGCUUACACCUGGGUGAAAGGGCUGGAGAUGAAGAAGGUGCAGGAGGAACCUAUUCCUAAAGCAAACGAGAAAAAUGAGACUGGUGUCUAAACUCGCCCCAGGCUGUACCUUCACUGCGUGCAUAGAUGCAGUGGAGCUUGGCUGGGAAGAGAGCCAGGGCUUGCAGUCCCCAAACCGGGAAAUCCUGUGGCUGCAAAUAUGUGGGAGGUGGAAAUUGGCAGGCGAGCUAGAGUCCUCCACAGAUACAGAGCGUUAGCUGUGGUAAUCAUGGUCAAGGGGGAAUUUUCACAAUUGGUUUUCUAUCACAGAGGUGACGAGGGUUGGUGGUGGGGCUGGGGAGCUCAGAUAAGCGACUUGUGGUCAAUCAAGUUGCUCCUGAAAAAGUGGCUGCUAUCACUACUAGCCUUUGUGCGCCUUGCUUUUCCCUUGGUAAAAGGAAGGUGUGUGUGUUCUGUUAAAGGACCAAUGGAAGAAGACUUGAAAGAAAUGAGAGUAGAGGGAUUCUGCCUAUGUUUGUCCCAAAGGGAGUGGGCUUUCUGUGAAGGUG